AGAUAGAAGAACAGUAUGGAAAGGGAAAAUAAGACAAGUAUCUCUGAAUUCCUCCUCCUGGGACUUCCCAUCAGACCAGAGCAACAAGUGUUGUUCUACAUCCUAUUCUUGAUCGUGUAUCUCACCACAGUCCUGGGGAACCUGCUUAUCAUCUUUUUGAUCAGACUGGACUCUCACCUUCAUACCCCCAUGUAUUUCUUCCUCAGUCAUUUGGCCUUCACUGAUGUCUGUUUCUCAUCAGUGACGACCCCAAAGAUGCUGGUUAACAUGCAGACAGGGAGUCGGACCAUUCCCUAUGAUGGCUGCAUCUCGCAGAUGUAUUUCUUCAUAUUAUUUACUGAUCUCGACAGCUUCCUGCUCACUGCAAUGGCUUAUGACCGUUACAUUGCCAUCUGCCACCCUCUCCACUAUACCACCAUCAUGAGCCAAAGUCUUUGCAGCCUGCUGGUAGUUGGGUCCUGGAUGCUCUCCUGUGCCAGUUCCUUUUCCCACACCAUUCUUCUGGUCCAAUUGUCCUUCUGUGCAGAAAAUGUUGUCUCCCACUUCUUCUGUGAUCUAGAUGCCUUGCUCAAGCUGUCUUGCUCGGAUACUUCCCUCAAUAAGUUGGUCAUGUUUACUGUGGGGACGACAGUUAUCAUGCUUCCACUAAUAUGUGUCCUUGUCUCUUACAUCCACAUCGUGGCCACUAUCCUAAGGAUGCCCUCUACCAAGGGGACCUGCAAAGCCUUGUCUACCUGUGGCUCACACCUGUCUGUAGUGUCUUUGUAUUAUGGAACAAUCAUUGGUCAGUACCUUUUCCCCUCCUCCAGGAACUCAAAUAUCAAAGAUGUCAUCUCUGCCAUGAUGUAUACAGUGGUGACUCCCAUGCUGAAUCCCUUUAUCUACUGUCUGAGGAACAGAGAUAUGAAGGAUGCUUUGAGAAGGAUCCUCAACAAAACAAUAUUUUCUCAGUGA